AUGACACUUCAGCAAUUGCAAGGAAGCUUUUUAGAUGACUAUAACAGAUUAGAAGCAUAUGCAAAUGAGAUUAGGGAGAACAAUCCUUGUAGUGAUGUGGUUAUCAAUUUAUCAAAAGAUGUUAUGGCUGAAGGUAAAAGAAGAUUUCUUAGAAUGUACAUAUGCUUCAAUGCAAUGAAGUUGGGGUUCAGACAAGGGUUGAGACCAUUCAUUGGACUAGAUGGGAUUUUCUUAAAGGGUCAUUGCAAGGGGCAAUUAUUGGUGGCUGUUGCACAAGAUUGUCAGAAUCAUUUCUAUCCCUUGGCCUAUACUGUAGUUGACAAGAAAAAUACCUUGACAUGGAUAUGGUUUCUGGAGCUGCUAAAACACUCAUUGAAUCCGAAAGGUGGAACUAGUCUGUUGAAAGCAGUGAGAACUAUCCUCCCUCUCUCAAAUCAUAGGUUUUGUUUGAGGCAUAUUGAAGCCAACUGGAGUAAGAGGAUCAAAAUUUUAGUAGAGAUGAAACAAUACCUAUGGUGGUCUGCUUGGAGCACUUAUGAGGAGGACUUUAAAGAUCAACUAAAGAAUCUUAGUGAAUUGUCUGUUGAUGCUGCCAAAGAGUUGCUUAGGUAUCCACUACAGAAUUGGUGUAGGUCUUACUUUGAUACAUUGUGUAAAAAUCAGAUGGUGGACAAUAAUUUUACAGAGUCCUUCAACUCUUGGAUCUUAGAAGCAAGAGGCAAGCCUAUCUUAAAGAUGCUUGAGGAUAUUAGAAUCAAGGUCAUGAACAGGUUGAGAGAGAAGGAAGAAGAAGCUAGAACAUGGGGAGGUGAGUUUAGUCCUAACUGCAUGAAGUUGUAUGCUGCUUAUUUGAAGGUAGCCAACUUGUGUACUGUUCAUUUUAAUGGUGAAACUGGCUAUGAGGUUUCUGAGGGUGAUGAUAGACAUAGAGUAAACCUAGUGGAGAAAAAAUAUACUUGUAGAUCCUGGCAGUUGACUGGCAUCCCAUGCCCUCAUGCCAUAAGGGCACUAAAAUACAAGAGAGAGGAUCUAAUGACUGAAAUUAGUUGGUGGCACAGCAAUAAAGCUUACCCGAUGACAUAUAUGGCCAAGUUGAUGCUUGUUAGAGGUGAAAAGUUCUGGAAAGUAUUACCAGAACAUGCUAUGGAUCCUCCUCCACUUGCCAAAACUGUUGGAAGGCCAAAAGUCAAAAGAAAUAGGGAGAAGGAUGAGGCGAACAAGAGACAAGGAGAUUGGGCUGCAUCAAGAAGGGGAACUAAAAUGACAUGCAACAUUUGUGGUGAACUGGAUCACAAUUCAAGGACAUGCAAGGUUGGUGCUGAAGGAAAUAUUGAGGAUGUUAGUUGUUCAGCCCCUCAACCAACACAAGAAGGUGAAGAUGAAAGUGAAUUUGUGUUCAUGCCUACACCAAGAGUACCAAGACACCAAACAGAACCCUUUGGUGAUGGUAGUGAGCAUUAA